AGAUCUUAUGUUAUAUGGGCUGGCCUUGAACUCCUAGAAUCCUAGGCACACCGUCCAUCACACUGGCUUUUUCUUAGGUGUCCUAAAAUGGCCUCUGUUCCUCUUCUCCUAGGAGGUGGCCUUGGCAGGUGCCUGGUCCCCAUCUGCACUGUUUUCUGACUCUAAUCUGUCCCGUUUUGCUGGGCAGUGUCCUUGGGACUUUGAAUUGGGUGACUUGUAUGGAGGCAGCAACAGAGACCUGGCUCCGGGUGGAGAGGGUCACCUCUUGCCCACCCCCUCCCCCUCCUCCGGAACCCAAGUGAUGGGCUUGCCCUGGACUGGAACCCUCCACCUAGCAACACGGUGCAAACAGAACCCAGCGGGACUCUGUCCCCAGGUGCCUCUGCUGCCACCCGGGCCCCCCCGGGGUGGCCUGUCUCACCCAUGCAGCAUCCCAAAACCCUCUAUCCCCCAGCCAUACCCCAGGAAAGCUUCAGCCUGCAGAACCUGGAGGGCCCUGAGGUACCAGGUGGCUCAGAACCCCUUCCCACUGUAGCCAAUGCUAACCUGCACUAUCAGAACCCCGGCUCUGACCAGGAAGUGCUUCCAGCCCCUCCAGCAGGCUUCCAGAUGGCUCCCUGCGGCUGCUUCUUCGACCCCCGCAUCUACCGCAUCGAGUGGGCCACCUCCGACUUUGGCCAGUCAUCCCUGUACAAGGUGGCAGUGGCUGGGGGUCCUGCCUUAUCUGGUGGCUACCUGCUGGAGGCCCCGUCCUACCUCAAGACCCCGGGGCCACCACCUCUGCUUUAUCCCCACUACCAGCCGGCCCCCAGCGGGCCACAGUACCUCACACAUUACCUUCCACCAGAGGAGCCUGUGCCUGAGGCUCUGGGCUUCAUGCGGGACGGAGGGCCCCUCAACUUCAUGGAGGUGCUCAGAGACGGCCUGGCACCCCCGCCAACCCCCAAAGAGACUAAGCCAUCUCCCUUGCUUAUCACAGUCCCCACGGCACACACGCUGCCACCUGGGCCCUAUGGCCAUCUCGGUGGCCAGACCAGCCAGUUUCCAGGACCCCAGGUGACCAUGAGGCCCACUGAGGCCCCCAGGGAGCUGCAGAGUAGUGGUGCAGCCAGGCCGGGUCUGCAGUUCCCUCCUGGGCCUGGAGAGCCCACGGUGGCCAAGGUGGAGGAGGUCACCCCAGUGGGCUCAAGUGAGACCGUGCCUCCCGAGGUGGCUCGUGCGUUCUUCCUACCAGACAAGGUCCUUCUAGAAGAUGCCAUGAAACUUUUUGAUUGUCUCCCUGGUGGCACUGAACCUGAGGUGGCCUUGCACAGGGGUCCUGGCCCCGGACUGCGGGACAGUGGUGGUGGUGGGGACGACUUCCCAACUGACAUCCGCUCCCUGCACCUGCCAGAUGACCUGCUGUCCUUUGACUAUAGUGUCCCUGAGAUUCUGGACGCGGUGGCCAACGUGGAUUAUGUUUUCAGCUUCAAGGCCCUGGAGGAUGAGCCGCUGCCCCAUCUUGGGGCCCCUGUCACUGACACGGCGGCCCCUGGCCUGCGGUCCCAUCAACCGGGGAAAAAACCGAGCACAUCCACCAAGAAAGGGAAACCAAGCGGCAGACACAGGCAGGCCACUGGCCUUGCUGGCACCACUGCCACAGGACCCAGGCUGGACCUAGGAGCCACCCCCAAUUAAAGCCAUUUGAUCUCUCA